AUUGAAUACAAGGAGGAGCACGCCCUUUUAAAAGCUCACAGGGAUGCCAAUAAGCUGAUUGUGGACCAGCGUGAGCUCUUUGUGGACUUUGAACAGGAGAGAACCCUGAAAGGCUGGGUCCCACGCCGCCUUGGGGGAGGGCUGGGGGGUAAGAAGGAAUCAGGGCAGUUGAGGUUCGGCGGACGGGACAGACCUUUCCGAAAACCCAUCAAUCUGCCCCUGAUGAUGAGUGACCACUCGUUUACGGACAGGCAGCACGCAAGAGGAGAGAGGCAGCUCUCCCAGCAGAGAGUACGCGACAGGCAGAGGGAGAAGGGUAUUGACAGAGAUGAGAGACGGAGGGACAGAUCCCAGGACAGAGAGAGGGCAAGAAGGGAAGAGAGAGAACGGAGAGAUAGGGAUCAUGACAAAGAAAGGAAAGACAUUAAGCGGGAGAGACACAGAAGCAAAGAGCACGACUCCAAAAGAGUAAAGGGUGAAAACAGACACAGGGACAAGGACAGACACAAAGACAGAAAAUAAAGAGACUUUGUUUUUUUCUUGGCGUUACUGAUUCUGGUAUUCCUGGUCUGAUCAAAUGACCAAAAGUUGGGGGGUUUGCAUCCGGUCCUGUGGGAAUGUAACACUGUUGCUUUGCUCAUGCUGUACAGUAAUCACUUCCAUAGACGUGGACACCAAGCAGAGAGAGCUUGAACUAUACAAGAUAAGAGCCUUUUAGUAUGGGGAUCUACUUAUUUUUCAAGAAGCACACAGUACAGUAGCAAAAGAAAGUGUGCACUCCUUUAUUGCUGGUACCAUAUAACGUGCGGUAAAAGCGAGUGUCCCUGAUCCAAAGGCUCUCAGUCCAGUCCAUGUGAGGAAGAGCAGUCUAAGCUUGGCACAGCUGAAAAAUAUCAACAUAUUUUUAAUUUAAAGCAAAAAUCAAAACGAUGAAUUUGGAUUUUAAAGCCUUGGUUGGCAUUUAACAGCUUAGUGAUUUAUUAUUGUUAUUAUUUUUGUUUGGAUUACGUUUUAUGCCAUUUUUCCACCCUAUAAUUUAUUGUAUUUCAGUCUCUCAAUCACAAUACACUAUUUUUAAUGUGAGAAUAUUGUUUGUGGUCAAGGCAGUGUACAGGGCAACACUGUAACCAGUAUUUAUAAAAUAAAUAAGUAAAACCUACAUAGCCAUUUGAAUG